GUCCGACACGUCACGGGACAGCGGUCGUCGACAGCGAUCCCAGACAUCUAGCCAAUACCAUCAAAAAAUGUACCUUUUUCGACUUUAACACAGAUCUGAGGCAAUAUGGAAAACCUACAAUGGACAGGGACAAACAUGGAUCAGUCUGCAGUCUUGCUGGUCCAUACUGAGUAUGGCACAGAUAAAGUUGGAAGCUCAUUCUUAAACAGACAGGCGGUAGAAACAAUCAGGGAACGUGAACCAGACAUACCAGUCUUCAGUACUGUUUUACAAGCAACACAAGAUGACAAACAGGAUGCACAACAAGAUGGAGUGGAACUGUUACUGCCUAAACUUGAGCCAGGUGACCCAAGGACUGACCCGUCACCAGACUGGCUGACAUUUGAUCAUCGCUCCAAAUACCCACAUCUUCCUUCAAAGGUCAAGAGCAUUGUGGGGCAUGCUGAUGUCACAAGUAGAGCAGCACUCAACAUAAAAGAGGAUCGCUGCCCAGAAGCAAAAGUCAUCCUCAUUCAUAACGACAUAUCAGAUGAUACACAGGGAAAUAACUCUGCCUUUCAAAAUGCACAAGAAGCUGAUGUGGUCUUCUCUGUUGGAAAUAUGACAUUUGACCACUUUGAGAACCAGUUCAGAGCUACGCCUGUUGACAAACAACCUAAGCAUUUUGAAUUUCUUCCAAGACCAUCCAAGAUCUUUGAGCACACAAAAGCAAGCUACAAAGACACAAAGACAAUGGUGGUUCUGUCCAUUGGUAGGGUGAAGAGUGUUGACAAUCUGAAGGGGCAUGACCUUGUUGCUAAUGCCACAGACAUUGUUGCUGUAAAACGGAACAUGGAGUGUCGUAUGAGGGGAAUCAUUGAAGAAGGCUGUCUGACAAGUCAUAAGGACAUUCUUCAGACACAUUUCAGGACAAAAAAUUUGAAGCCCACCCUUCUUCCCUAUGGAACACUGAAGGAACUUCACAAUGACAUGUUGAAGGCCCAUCUUGUGGUGAUACCUUCCGAAGAUGAACCGUUCGAUCUUGUUGGACUGGACGCCAUCGCUGCAGGAAUUCCUGUCCUCGUGUCAGAUAAAUCUGGACUGGCAGACUUCAUGAAUAAGAUAUCGAUAGAGUUUUACCAUUCCACUGUGCCAAUGGAAGGAAAUAAGGAGGGCAAUGUAAAGCAAUGGGCCAGGUGCAUCGAACAAGUACUGAGUCAUUGUGAAGCUGAGUUUGAAAGAGCAGCAAGAUGCAGGGACAAGCUUCUGUCUUCAAAGUACUGGGAAGAGUCUCAUCAGCAGCUCAUUGACAGCUGUUUACAGAUGGGUGACAAAGCACAGCAAACAUCUGAAGUUGAAGUCCAGACACAAAGUGCACCAGUACAUGUAGAAGAAUCCAUUCCAGACAGGAAACCAUUGGAAUCAGGUGUUACUCAGCCUGCUGGAGCCCAGAAGAGAAAGAGAAGUUCAGCCUCUAUUGAUGAGACUGAGGGCAGUAAAGCCUUAAAAACAGGUACUGAGGCACAUCAGCCUGCACAAGUCCAGAAAAGAAAGAGAGAGACAGAUGAGACUGAGGACAGUAACGAAGACAGGAAAGCUGUGAAGUUUGAUCAGCAACUGAGGUUCUACCAUAGGGACAUUCAGGUAGAGUUUGUGUCAGCUUGUAGAGAUGGGAGUCUGUCAGCCAUCCUGACUGAGGAGUACAUCAGCCAGGAGUUGGUGGAGAUAUGUGGAGGGAUGCCACUCCAUGUGCACAUUGAGGUUGAUGAGGCAGACUUUCAAAGGGGAGCAGAUAUGUCCCAUGGUGAUAAUCAGGAGACUACAGAUUAUGAAGAACCUGGUGAAAAAGAUGUGCCACCGGAGAUCUCAGAACUGGUCUCACUGGGCAUCAGGGAACUGGAACAACUGAUGGGAAAACCCAGGAAGAAAAUGUUCUCAGUGAGCUCUCGGUCAUCUGGGUAUCAAACAGGCCCUUCUGGAACAGGAGCCAACAGACAGUUCUCAUAUACAGGUGAGAUUGAUACCAUGGACACACUGGAGGUCAAAGGUCUCCUUGCUGAACUCAACACACCUGUGGUAAAGCAAGACAAGGCACAACAGUUUGACCUGUACUGUCAGAUAGGAGAUCUCUACAGGACAAAACUACACAACUCACAGUCAGCUCUGCAGUAUUACCAGAACAUGUUAAAGUGUUCUCAGGAACUGUCAGAAGACACAAAGCAAGCCAAGGCCUACAACAGACUAGGUUUAACAUGUGAUAUCUUAGGUUUGCAACAGGAAGCCUUUAGAUACCACGAGAAAGCUCUGGCUAUCUAUAGAGUAGAAACCAAAAAUGAAACUAAUAUUUGUGUAGCUUACAAAAACCUGGCCUCAUCAUUAGCACUGUCAGGUCAAGUGUCAGAUGCAAAAAGUAACUAUGAAUCAGCCUUGGCUGUUGCCAUGGAGACAGGAAACAAGACUGAACAGACGGACAUUUACUGUAAGCUGGGUGAUUUACACAGGGAACAGCUACAUGAACCACAGGAAUCACACAAGUACUACACAGAGAUGUUGGCACUAGCCAGGGACUUGGGGAGGAAGGACAGGGAGGGGCUGGCUUACAACAGACUUGGGCUGGUCCAUUACAACAUGGGGGAGCACGAGGAAAGUCUGGAGUGGUACAAGAAGGACCUGAAGAUGAGAGAAGAAAGUGGAGACAAGACUGGACAGAUAAUAGCACAUCAAAACAUAGCUGAUUCCUACAAGGCACUGGGUAAACUGGACCUGGCCAGAUCUCACUAUCAAUCAGCAAUGACCAUCGCCAUGGAGACAGGAAACAAACAGCAACAGGAGGACAUUUCCGAGGAGGUCAGGAGUAUUGUGGGUCAUACUGAUGUUACAAGUAGGGCAGAAGUGAAGAUUAAAAAAGAACGAUACCCAGAUGCAAACGUCAUCCUCUUCACUGAGGAUAUACCAGAAGACACAGAGUACUACAAGGGAGAUGAGGAGGCCAUGGGCAUUGGGAAGAAGGAAGACUCCAUCCUUGAAGAUGCACAAGAGGCUGAUGUGGUCUUUUCUCUUGGAAACAAGAUAUUUGUUCACUUUGAGAACCAGUUCAGAGCUAUACCUGCCAGCAAGAGGCCUCGGCAUGUCAAGUUUGUUCCAAGACCUUCCAAGAUCUUUGAAGAUGCAGAGGUUGAAUACAAGGACACAGAGACAAUGGUGGUCCUGUCCAUUGGUAGGGUGAAGGGUGUGGAGAAGCUGAAAGGAUAUGACCUUGCUGCUGAAACCCUGAGCUUUGUUGCAGAGAAGAUCAAAAUCAAGUGGCAUGUCAUAGGAUUCAAUAAAGAUGACUUUGAAGCCACCAAGGCAACCUUGGAGCACUGUAAGUCAGCAAACUUACAGGUAACCUUCCUCCCCUAUGACACACAGGAGGACAACUGUAAAGAGAUGAUGAAGGCCCACCUUGUCCUGAUGCCUUCUCGUGCUGAACCGUUCGGACUGGUCGGCCUGGAGGCCAUCGCAGCAGCGUUCCUGUUCUUCGAUGAACGUGCCACUGUCAAACUCUUGGCUCAGAGAAUUGAAAGAAUGCUGAAACACAACAAAGCAGAGUUCAAAACAGCAGCAAGGGGCAAGCGGCAACUUCUGUCCACAAAGUACUGGGAAGAGUUCCAUCUGCAGUUCAUCAAAGCCUGUACGGACACAGGUAAUGCUGAUGAACAGCCUGCUCCAGUCCUGGACCAAAGUGCUGUUCAAAGUCAGGAGGCAGAGGAAGGUAAUGAAACACCACAUCGUGGUCUAGUCCAAAAGAGAAAGAGAGACACAGACCCUGCCGGUGAGACAGAAAGCAGGAAAGCCAAAAAGAAAGACAUGUCUGGGCUGGGCCAACUCUGGUUCAUGUACAAACGUGGGAAACUGAAUGACCUGAUGUACAGUAGUUUGAUAAAGGAGACCUUACAGCAACUCUGUGCUGAGAGAAUCUCUGUGACAACAAACAUCAACAUAGAGGACUUCAGGAAGACCCUGAACUACCUACUCACCACACCUGCUGAUAAAGUUUAUACAGGUGCCAUUAUUGCACAAGCACCUACCAAAGGUGAUCAGCACAGAUCCACAGAUGUACAGAUUGAACAGGUGACAUCACAGCUGGCCUUGCUGCACACUUCCAUUCAACCUAAAGACGUACAGAAACUCAGAGCAGCAAGCAUUGGUUCAGCAGCAAGCCUCCUAUCAACAAGAACUACACAUUCAACAGUAACCAGUCAAUCAGCUGAUACUGGGUAUGCCACAGCGGCAAGCAUCUUGUCUGAGGAUGACAGGCCAUCUUCUGCUUUUAGAAUUAAAGAUGAUGAAGAUCCCCAAGUCAACUUGAAUCUCCUCCUUGCUGAACUGAACACACCUGCAAUAAAGAGAAACAAGGCACAACAGUUUGACCUGUACUGUCAGAUAGGUGAUCUCUACAGGACAAAACUACACAACUUACAGUCAGCUCUACAGUAUUACCAGAACAUGUUAAAGUGUUCUCAGGAACUGUCAGAAGACACAAAACAAGCAAAGGCCUACAGUAAACUUGGUCUAACCUACAGCAUGUUAGGUAAACAACAAGAGGCCAUUACAUACCACAAGCAAACAUUGAGUAUCUAUAGAAUUGAGUUAGAAAGAGAAACUGACAUUUGUGUAGCAUACAAAAACCUGGCCUCAUCAUUAGCACUGUCAGGUCAAGUGUCAGAUGCAAAAAGUAACUAUGAAUCAGCCUUGGCUGUUGCCAUGGAGACAGGAAACAAGACUGAACAGAUGGACAUUUACUGUAAGCUGGGUGAUUUACACAGGGAACAGCUACAUGAACCACAGGAAUCACACAAGUACUACACAGAGAUGUUGGCACUAGCCAGGGACUUGGGGAGGAAGGACUGGGAGUGUCGGGCUUACAACAGACUUGGACAUGCCCAUUAUGACAUGGGGGAGUAUGAGGAAAGUUUGGAGUGGUACAAAAAGGAACUGAAGAUAAGACAAGAAAGUGGAGACAAGACUGGACAGAUAGCAGCACAUAAAAACAUAGCUGUUUCCUACAAGGCACUGGGUAAACUGGACCUGGUCAGAUCUCACUAUCAAUCAGCAAUGACCAUCGCCAUGGAGACAGGAAACAAGACUAAACAGAUGGACAUUUACUGUAUGCUGGGUGAUUUACACAGGAAACAGCUACAUGAACCACAGGAAUCACACAAGUACUACACAGAGAUGUUGGCACUAGCCAGGGACUUGGGGAGGAAGGACAAGGAGCAUCUAGCUUACAACAGACUUGGACGUGCCCAUUAUGAUAUGGGGGAGUAUGAGGAAAGUUUGGAGUGGAACAAGAAGGACCUGAAGAUGAGCCAAGAAAGUGGAGACAAGACUGGACAGAUAACAGCGCAUCAAAACAUAGCUGAUUCCUACAAGGCACUGGGUAAACUGGACCUGGCCAGAUCACACUAUCAAUCAGCAAUGACCAUCGCCAUGGAGACAGGAAACAAGACUGAACAGAUGGACGUUUACUGUAAGCUGGGUGAUUUACACAGGGAACAGCUACAUGAACCACAGGAAUCACACAAGUACUACACAGAGAUGUUGGCACUAGCCAGGCACCUGGGGAGGAAGGAAGAGGAGCGUCGGGCUUACAACAGACUUGGACAUGCCCAUUAUGACAUGGGGGAGUAUGAGGAAAGUUUUGAGUGGUACAAGAAGUCCUUGAAGAUAAGACAAGAAAGUGGAGACAAAACUGAACAGAUAAAAGCACAUCAAUGUGUAGCUGAUUCCUACAAGGCACUAGGUAAACUGGACCUGGCCAGAUUUCACUAUGAAUCAGCAAUGACCAUCGCCAUGGAGACAGGAAGCAAACAGAAACAGGAGGACAUUGGCAAAGAGUUGGCUAAUCUGUAACAAUGCUGAAUACUACGUUACAAGGCUGUCUUGUUUGAUGACAACAUACAUAUACAGCACAAAACCCCUGUUUACUCCGUGUAGGAGGUCAGGACCUCCGGACAGAGUGUUGUGAAGAGCUGAUUUUUC